CGUUCUUGCUGUUGUUAAUUGAAAGCUAAUCGUUAAUCGAUAUGGGCUGCACGUUUCGCAGCAAAUGGGCAGCACUGUUCGAGAGAGUUGACUUCAGCCCUGGCAGCGGGCCGGAACCUUUUUUUCACGCUGUGUCAUUGUGCGAUUCAGACGUAAUCCGACCGACGAAACUUAUUUUCCAGCAAUUUUCCUCCAUUCCGAAUCGUCGAUGAUGUCUUGUGGCAAUGAGCAUGUGCAGCAGGAGCAGGAGCAGGAGCAGUGCCCCCCACGGGUGAGCCAACAGCCGAUCUAUAUACAUAUACCGCGCUCCAGGAUCAUCAUACUGAAGCUGGGCAAACAGUAUCGUCGCCUCUAUUUGGACGUACAGCCCACGACGAUGGCCGAGCGACGCGCUCGGCUGGCGGAGGCGCAGCGGGCGGCGGCAAUUGUGCGCCAGGUUAAUCCGAAGCCCAAAUAUGUGGUGACGGUCAUCAUUGGUCCCACCGAGGUGCCGUGCGAUCUGGAGCUGUUGCAGCACAAUUGCGAUUUCUUUGCGCGCGGCAAGCACGGCAUGGCCUACGGCCUGCCCGCCUGCGAUGUCAGCCUCGAGGCAUUCAUGAUCAUCUACAAGUGGAUGGCGAAACCGAAUGCGAUCGUGCUGCCGCCGAUGCUGAUGAGCGUCUUCAAGGCGGCCAUGUAUCUGAAGAUUCAGGUGCUGAUCGAUCAGUUUAUGGUCGAGUUUCGUGAUCCGUAUACGGCGCGCGAGGAGAUCGGCUUUCAUAUGUUCUUCGGCCUGCACAAGCUGAACGUCUAUGUGCCGUUCCGGAAGACGUUGCGCGUUCACAAGUAUUUCCUAACACUGAUCGGCACCAAGGACUUCCUAAAUCUGUGGCCCAAUGCGCUCGUCUCGCUGCUCGACUCGCCCAACAUAUGCGUCAACUCCGAGGUGGAGGUACUCAUUGCCGUCAUACUCUGGCUACAUCAUGACUAUCAGGCGCGCUGCUCCCACACCGAGCAGCUGCUCGGCUGCGUGCGCUUCGAUAGCAUUCCCCUGGAGGCGCUGCUCCAGCUGCGACAGCACAACUCCAUCAAUGGCCUGGGCCGGCUGCUCUUUCGGCCGGAGAUCGAGAUGUUUCUGAAGCGCGCACCCUCGCAUAACAACAAUAUACGCUACUGCAAUCGACGCAUCUGGGUGUACGAUCAGCUCUGCGAAUAUCAUCACGAUGCGCAUUGCCCGAAGCGCAACUUCAUUACGCUCGGCCAGUUCCAGGAGUUUCAGCUGGCGCUGCGCAACGCGCCCGAUCUCCACUGGUGGCAUCGCCAUCAGCUGAAUCCCUAUGUGCACAACUGUCGCCACGAGAAGUGCCGCCGCCUCUCCGGACCCCAUGGUCGUCGCUAGGCGGAAAAACACGGUCUGCCUUGAAAAUGGAAUUGUCAACAGAUAUACGACUCGUCCAUCGAAUGGAUCAUCCAACAUGAUAUCAUAUCGUAGCAUCACAUAUUUCAAUUUCGAUUUCGAUUCGGAUUCGGAUUUGGAUUUGGAGUUUGUGGCGAGUACCUAACCUCACUCUUACAUAUUUACUUUGGACACAACUGUACUAAAUUGUUUCAACAAAAAAAAAAAAAAAAAAACAAAAGCUUUCAACUUGAAUUGUAAAACGAACUCUCGAAUGCCUUCCAUGGCAAUUGUGAGCGCAAGUCGCCAAUUUCUCUUUUCGAUAAACUUGUCUUUCGAUUAACUAGCCUCACAAUUUUCUAUCGAAAUGUACUUAAAAACCCGAAUAAAUAGUUCAAUAUGAACAGCUCGGAAACCAAAA